UUGUAUUGAGUAUUCAUUACUCACAAAAGAGUGCGCACCAACCGCUUGCUAUAAUGCAGCUUUGACUUGCUCUCAAUUGGAAGAAAAAAGAAGGAGAAGUGUAUGGACUAUGGCUACUGCUCAGUACAAAGGGUUGGACUCAAUUGACAUUGCAGAUAUCGAAGCUGUCGGUGUAAAUUCCGAUGUUGCGGCUGAAUUUCACGAAAAGCUCAACAAGAUCGUUGAUCAUUACGGGCCUGCCACACCCCAGACAUGGCACCGUGUUUCCAAGGAUUUGCUCACCCCGGACCUCCCUUUCUCUUUGCAUCAGAUCAUGUACUAUGGCUGCUACAAGGACUUCGGACUCGACCCUCCUGCUUGGUUACCCGACCCUGGAAGUGCAAAAUCAACUAAUGUUGGCCAGUUACUGGAGAGGUGUGGAGAAGAGUUCCUGGGAUCAAAAUAUAAAGACCCAAUCUCAAGCUUCUCUGAUUUUCAGGAAUUCUCUGUCUCAAACCCAGAGGUCUACUGGAAAGCAGUAUUCGAGGAGAUGAAUGUUUCAUUUUCAGUUCCUCCUCAAUGUAUUUUGUGUGAGGAUCCAUCUCAUCCAGGUGGGAAGUGGCUUCCUGGAGCACGCUUGAAUCCAGCAAAGCAUUGCCUCAGUCUAAAUGGGAAAAGAACUUCAAACGAUAUAGCAUUAAUAUGGCGUAAUGAAGGAGAAGAUGAAGCCCCUCUUGGAAAAAUGACCCUCGAGGAGCUACGUUCAGAAGUUUGGGCAGUUGCACAUGCUAUUGAAACCCUGGGAUUGGAGAAAGGUUCUUCGAUUGCUAUUGAUAUGCCAAUGGAUGUCAAUUCAGUGGUGAUCUACCUAGCUAUUGUUCUUGCUGGCUAUGUAGUGGUGUCAAUUGCUGAUAGUUUUGCACCCAAUGAAAUAUCUACAAGGCUCAUAUUAUCAAAAGCAAAAGCAAUUUUUACUCAGGAUUUUAUUGCCCGAGGUGAGAAAAGAAUACCCUUGUACAGUCGAGUUGUUGAUGCUGAGUCACCAAUGGCAAUAGUAAUUCCCAAUAGAGCCUCCUCCUUGAGCAUAAAAUUGCGUGAUGGUGACAUUGCAUGGCAUGAUUUUCUGGAAAGAGUAAAAGAAUCUAAAGAACUCAAGUUUGAUGCAGUAGAAUUGCCUACUGAAGCAUUCACAAAUAUACUUUUCUCUUCUGGAACAACUGGAGAGCCAAAAGCAAUUCCAUGGUCUGUUAUAACACCUUUGAAGGCUGCUGCUGAUGGAUGGUGCCACAUGGAUAUCCAAAAAGGCGAUGUAGUUGCUUGGCCUACUAAUUUGGGGUGGAUGAUGGGGCCUUGGUUGGUUUAUGCUUCAUUGCUAAAUGGGGCAUCCAUGGCCUUGUAUAAUGGAUCACCCCUUGGUUCUGGCUUUGCUAAGUUUGUACAGGAUGCUAAUGUAACCAUGCUAGGUGUGAUCCCAAGCAUUGUGAGAACAUGGAAAACUACAAAUUGCACAUCUGGCUUUGAUUGGUCGACCAUCCGUUGCUUUGGCUCCACUGGUGAGGCAUCCAGUGUGGAUGAAUACCUCUGGCUUAUGGGAAGAGCUCAAUACAAGCCUGUGAUCGAGUACUGUGGUGGCACGGAAAUUGGUGGAGGCUUCGUUACUGGUUCAUUGUUGCAGCCUCAAUCUUUGGCUGCAUUUAGCACAGCAGCUAUGGGAUGUAGUCUCUUCAUUAUUGACAAGGAUGGGUCUCCUAUUCCACCAGGUGUUCCUGGCAUUGGUGAAUUGGCCCUUGGUCCCUUCAUAUUUGGAUCAUCAAGCACACUGCUGAAUGCAGACCACUACAAGGUUUAUUUCAAAGGAAUGCCUACUUGGAACGGAAAGGUCCUGAGAAGGCACGGAGAUGUGAUUGAGUAUACUUGUAGAGGGUAUUACCGUGCACAGGGUCGAGCAGAUGAUACCAUGAAUCUGGGUGGUAUCAAGGUUAGCUCACUUGAGAUCGAGCGCAUUUGCAAUGCGGUUGAUGAUGAUAUCCUAGAGACUGCAGCCAUUGGGGUGCCACCCGCUGGAGGUGGCCCUGAGAAGUUGGUAAUCGUCGUCGUCUUCAAGGACGCAAACAAACCAAACCACAGCUUGAACAAAUUGAUGAUUGCCUUCAACUCGGCUCUGCAAAAGAAACUGAACCCUCUAUUCAAGGUUUCCAACAUUGUAGCACUCCCUUCCCUACCAAGAACUGCAACAAAUAAAGUCAUGCGUAGAGUUCUGCGGCAGCAAUUUACUGAGGCCAAUAAUGGUUUGUGAGUGUUGUUUUACAGUGGUAGUUGCCUGAUUCAUUUACCUGGCUGUUAAUUUGUAGUUGUAUUGUUAUUCUGUUCUUACCCGUGGGCCCUGUAAAAGUAGUAGAGUACAGAUUUUUUUUUUAAAUGGAAAAACUGUAAACAUUUGAAAAUUAAUCAAAGUGGGUUUUUUUUUUUU